GGCUCUGCUUACAUUGCUUCUGUAUGGUACCGGUGGUGAGAGCUCCGCCCCAAUCUGACGUCGCACGAGUCACCCCCCCCAGGUCUCAUCCAGUAAUCCCAGGGUCUCAUCAGCCAUACUACAGAGGUGGGGAUCUCGUCUCAGCUGAAGCCUCACUGGGUAGUUUUCAUAGCCGGUCCCGGCAGGUAAGAAAAAAAGAAAGAAAAGAAAGGGUGUUCGCCGCAGCACACGAGUCUCGCAGGUUAAAAGCGGCUCGUCCGCACCCCCCUCCCCUCCCAUUUACGGCCUACUGGCCCCCCCCUUUUCGGAUUUUUUAAUUCCUACUUGCCUUUUUUUUAUUUCCUUUCUUUUGCUUACAUUUUUAUUCAUCCUUCGAAUGGUGUCAAUUGUCGCGCCCCGUCACCCAACAUGACAUCCGCCCUCAGGCUGGCCACCUUGGGUUACGCGAUCGCUCUUGUUGAUGCCAGCUUGCUGUUCUGGUCCGGGGGCCGUCGCGACGCUGGGAAUUGGGGUCCGGCCAGGCACACUGCUACCGUUGGUGCUGGUGCUGCUGCCGCCGCCGGAAAAGAUCCUGUAGGAUGGGUUCCGCCGCAACCGACUGCGCCCCCGGGGGCCAAGCCGUUCGACCUCGAACUUCGGCGGCGCCAACAAACUACUACUAUCACGUCCGCUGCUACGUGCGGCUAUCCAGUUAGCAAUGUUAAUGACUCGGCGAUUACUUGCGGCGGUGGAGAGUAUUGUUAUGAAAACCAGUUCGCAAGCGUCGCAGGAUGCUGUGGCGAGGCGAACCGCCGCGAUUGCAGAGUACCAACGACGUGCAUUGAAUCGAGUAUAUCAGCAUCGUAUUCAUCCGACCCUAAGACUCUUAUCUGCAAUAAUACGGCGAAGCCUCGUUGUGUGACCUACUUGUACAAUGCGAAUUUCUUCGAGAAUUUGUACGGGGUUAGCUUUUUGGCAUGUGGCGAGGACGCAGGAUCUAGUACGAUUGCAACUAGCCCACCGUCGGGCUGGUCACCGACGAGCGAUGCUAGUACCACUGCUGAAUCUACAGGCAGUGACGCGACCGCUCCGGUAACCGUUACGGUGUUUCCAAGUAGCAGCGCAUCAUCAUCAGCCACGCCAGUUGCAUCGGGAGAUAGUAGCAGUAAAUCGAGAACCGGAGCUAUUGCGGGCGGCGUCAUCGGCGGUGUUGCCGGACUCACGCUGAUCAUCGCUGCCAUUUUCUUCUUGUUCCGGUACUGUAGGAGGAGAAGGGACGACGGGGUGGAAGGGAAAGGGAUGGAAGGCUCGCCCCCGUAUCCGGGCCGGGAUUACCGAAUCUCUAGCGUGUACCCCGGAGGCAUACCCGAGCCGCAAUACCAUUCCGACUUUUAUGGAGAACUACCUCCGCAAAUGAUUCAAACAGACUCGACCCAACAUGUUACAGGUUACCCACAACCGCCACCAGCGAGCUAUGAUCCUGUUUCUACCAUGCCUAGGGAUAUGCACCCGCAAGGAAGACCAACGACCACGUUUAUUCCCGUGUCACCUAAGCCGAAUGACGACGAUAUAGUAUCGCCUAUUACGCCCGGAGAUGGGUUAAAUCCCGCUGACGACCCAGCAACGUACACGUGGAUAUCUAACCCAACGCCGCCCCCACAAUCAGAAUAUUCCCAGUUCAGCCCGCCUCCUCCUCCUCACUUCCAGACUUACCGUCCGUACCCGGGUACGUGAAUUACGCGUUGCUAGCCAACGGCAUUGUGACGAUUACAUCGCGAGCGAUGAAGCUCGUAGAGCGAGAUAAUGUUUCUCCAAUAAAACAUACGAACUUUCUCUGUACAUAUAUAUAGGGUGGCGGCGGCGUUUCUCUUACCCGCGGAUUCUGGCGUCUCG